AUGAAUAUUUGCUUAUUAUCUCUUUCCACUUAGUUUAAAGACUUCAUCUAUCUAAUUAAUAAGAUCCUCAAAAAUCAUGAAGGAAUCACCUCUGUUUCAUAAAGACUCUAUAAACCACCCCCUAUAAAAUCGGAUUAUCAGAAAAAAUAACUAAAGCGCCCAUCCAAUGUAUUCCAGACACAGUCACAUCCUCCCAAAUAAUAAAUUCAAUAACAAAUACUACCUCCAGAAUAAAUACUGAAUUCCAUAGUCACAAUCGCUAGUGAUGAUCUUGAUCCCUAAUAACAACAACUUGAAGAUCCUCAUUUAGCAUUUCAGUAAAUACCUCAAACAUUUUUACAGACCAUGAGUUAUAACCUCAAAGAACAAGGUCUAAUCAAUAAAUUAAAGAACACACUCAAGGAUCAAAUUAGCUACUUAUAAGAAUCCUUGAACUUUUAUAAUAACAUUCAUCAGAAAUAUGACAUCAUUCAAACUUCUAAAACCAAUCUAGAAGCUAAUGAUAAAACGCAGAGAUUAAAAGCUUGGUCAUAUUAUAAAGCCAAUCAAUAAAUCAAACUAAUCAAUGAGAAAAUUGACUUAUUUUCCAUUCCUAUAGGCUUUAAGAUUCAGCCUGACAAAAUUUACAACACUACUAAAGAACAAAUGAAGACCAUCAUUCAUCAACACAUUCAACAGCUCAAAAUUAGUUAAGAUGCUCUUAAUUCUUAUAAAUUUGACAAUUUCUUUGAUAAUCAAAAUGUUGAAAGGAUUUUCAACUUUCUUAUUUCAUUCUAAGAAGCAUAUGAAAAAUGUGAAAAUACGAAGUCAUUAUUGAUUAUAGAAAACUCACUAUGUGAUGCUCUACAUACACUCAGAAUUCAAUCUUAAACUUUAUUUGACUAAAUUAAGGCAAAGUAUGAAGAUUGGUAUAAUAAAUUCUAAGAAAAGGAUGGUCAAUAUUAAAUGUUUCUCAAAAUGCUUCAAAUUCGUAUACAUCAUAUGCCAUUCUACUAUCUGACACAAACCCCUAUUUAUGAAUCUAAGCAUCAUCAAGAUGUCCUCAAAUAUAUGGAUGAAAUGCUCAUCAUCUAACAGUCUCUUAGUCAGUAUUAAGAUCAAAUCCCAUUUAUUAUGAAAUUCUUAAAAUUAAGAAACAAAUAGUUAAAAACAUUAGAAAUCAUUAUCAAUUAUGUAAACUCUGAUUACCCAUAUAAUAAAAGUUUAAUAAUUGAUGUAUUCUAUCUUAAGGAAGUCAAACUUUUAGAUUUAGAUUUAACUACAUUCGAUUAUCUCUUAUACCUUAGUACUUCAAUUAAAGAAUUGUAGGACACAUUAAUCUAAAAAUAAAGAUUUGUCUCAUCCAUAACAUUACAAAUAUUAGAUUUGUCUAAAUUGAAUACAGAGGAAAAAAUAAUUGAAGUUAAAGAGAUCAAGAAAACUUAAAAGAAGGAAGUUAAAUAACAUCUUUUAGAUAAAUAAAAAUAAUAUUUGAAGAACCUUUCAGUGAAAAAUAAAACAGAAGAAUAAUUUAUUUAGUCAAGACUUAAUAAAGAAGAUGAAAAAUUAAAAAUUGAAAAAGAAAAUAAGAUAGAAAGAUUAAAGGCCAAAUUAUUAAGGUAGACGAUUGCUUAGAAAUAAGAAGAGAAGAAUUAUGAAUUUCUACUUAAAAAAUACAGAUAUUAAGAAAACUAAUCUAAUUUGAUAAUAUAAAAGGAGGAGAAAAAAAGAAAGAAUUUUGAUAUUUUAGGAUAAAUGUUGUACUUAAUUUUAGAUGCUCGAUUUAAAUUAUAUAAAACAUAAUAAAAAGAAACAUAUGAUUAAAUAAUAAAUUUUUAUGGUUAACAUAUGUAUUAAAAAGGAAUUCCUAAGAAAUUUAAAUUAAGUACAAUAUAAUAAUUAUACGAGAGCAUAUAUGAAUUGUCAAAAGAUUUUAGAGACCAUUUCAAUUAAUAUUUUCUAGAUAAACAAGUAAAAAACUAUCACAACAUUGUUUAACAACAACAAAAUCAACAGGUUAAUGAACAGAGUCAAUUAUUUUAAGAGGCAAAAUAAGUAGAUUUUAUUAAUUUUAGUCUAACAAUUUCACUAAAAUUACUGAAUAUCAUAUCACAUCACAAAAGUGUUUACUCAAUACAGAGAUUUAUAGAUUUUGACAUAUUAUAAAUGCCAGACUUAGAUUUCUAUUCAUUAAAACAUUAUUUGUAAUGGAUAUAGAAAAAUGCUGAAAACACAUUUGAUUACUUAUAAAAGAACAGCGAUGCUCUCUUAAGAUUUGAGUGGAUCCCUUUUCUAAAUGGGUAGGUGAAAUGUAGUGAGAAGUAAUAGGAGAAGCUAUUUGAAUUGAUUAAAAAGAUAAAUCACUGUUACAUCUUAGAAUUUGAAGUGAUUAGAUAUAUCAUUAAUUCAUUGGCCAGAGAAUUGUUUCAUGAAAACACUUUUAAAUUUGAUUUAAGAUAAUUGACUAAGGAUUAUAUUGAAUAAUCAACUAAACAACAACUUUAGGAUAAGAUGAAGUAUUUUCCAAAAUUAAAUCAAGAGUUACUAAUCCAACUAGAACCUUUCUUGUUGUAUUUGGAAUAGAAAGUACUUUGCAAUUUAGAGGCCUAUUAUAUCAUUUCUAUAAUUUAGAAAGAGACAGUAUAGAACGCAGAAUUAGAGUAGAUAAUAAAAAAUAAUUAGUACUUCCGUGAUUCAAAUGAUGUGUGGAAGUUUAAAUAUCAGGGAAUGAGAUAUAUUUUAGAGAAAAAUGAAUUUAAGAAUAAUAAUCUAAAUGAAAUGAUAAACGAAUAGAUGAGGAGAAAUAGUAAUAUGAAAAGUAAGGGAAGUAAUUAAGGUCAGUUUGGCAAAAGUUCUCUCUAGGAUAAAUAUUAAGAAUUAAUGCAAUUGAAUAAUCAAAAAAAUGAAAGAAUUUAAGUGAAGAAACCAUUGAGUAUUAUAUUGGAAGUGGAUUAUAAGGAGGAUUAGAAAUUCUUGGUGAGAUUAGUGAAUGAAAGUAAUUAGAGAGUUAGUAUGGAAAUAAAGGAGGAGGUGGUUUCAGAUGUUGUGGAGUUGAUGUGUGAAAAUGUUAAAGGUAAAGAUAAGGGGAAGGGUAAAUGGGUGAUGAAAAUUAACAAUGAGAAGAUAAAUUUUAGUUAGAUUGAUAUUUUGAGUUAUGGAAUUCCAAAAUGGUUUAAUUUAAUUAUUAAUGGGUAGAAAAGGGAUAUUAGAAUGGACUAAAAUAUUCUAUAAUUAGAGAGAUAUUUAAUGGUGAGAUAUAAUAGUGAGAGUGAGAAGGAAUUAUUUAAUAUUUAUUAAUAUAAAUGA